GAUAGCAUGUCCUUUCUCCCGGUUCUAUUUGUAUACGCUCAUCUUCGCGCAUAAGAAGCAAGCCGGCCUGCUUCACCCCUCCUCUCGUUCAUGGCCAGAUCCGGUCCGUGUCGCCUCAUCACAGGAUUCACCACCAGCAUUCCUUGACCGUUUCCCAACUAUACGAUAACCAAAAGGACUGCGGUCAACAAAAUGGUGUCCCUCCUGCUUUUAGUGCUUCUGAUCCCGUCCGCCCUCGCCAUCGCCGGCCGUCAAAACCGAACUUGCACCUGCGAAAGGUACGAGAAUGAAGUGGUCUGGAGGGACGUACAACCGUCCACCCUGAUCCAGCAACUGUGUGAGGAGGGUUCCGGGCGGACCCAGUUCUGCUCGGAAAAGGGAUUCGCGACCGUCUGCAUCGGGUCAGUGGAUCGCGAGAGCUGCGAUUGUAUGGUUGACGCGGCGAAGAGAUGGGAGAGGGAGAAGGGACCUAGCAGCUGGACUCUUGUAAGCACGCUCGCAGACCCAUCAAUGCCCUGCCCCCACCCCCUUCGGUGUCCCUUAGAUCUUGGGAACGGCAAACGCCGGAUCUAACUUGGUUCGGUAGCUGGAUUUGGAAUGCACACAGUC